AUGAUUCCUCAACAGCGUCAAACGCGACUGACCCCAAGUUGCCUCGAGGCUUUAACCCUGAGCCUUGAGGAACCUGAUACCCAGGCAGAGCUCGGGCUCGAGGCUCGACCUAGAACCAGAGCUGGCUGGCCAUCGGCACUUGCAACACCCAACCCAAGCAAAGCCAGACAGGCUGCGUCCUCACAAGCAGGCUCGCCUAGCCUCUAG